AUGUGCUCCAGGCAAAGCGGGUGCCACGGCUGCGGCUGCUGCUGCUGCUGCCGGGGCAGCCAACAGUCCCAGGGCUCCUCCGGCGGGGGAGGAGGCGGAUCCUGCUGCGGUGGAGGAUCCUCUGGAGGAUCAGCCCAGAAGAUCAUUAUCAGCUCUGGCGGCGGCGGAGGAGGAGGAGGAGGCUCCUCUGGAUGCUGUGGUGGAGGAUCCGGUGGCGGUUCUUCAAAGAGCAUGAUGGGAGGAGGAGGAGGAUCCUCCGGAUGCUGCGGUGGUGGAUCUAGUGGUGGAUCGUCUGGGAUGAAGAUCAUAAUGGGAGGUGGAGGCGGUGGUGGCGGUUCUUCUGGAUGCUGCGGUGGCGGAUCCGGCGGUGGAUCUUCAAAGAGCAUGAUGGGCGGUGGAGGUGGUGGGUGCUGUGGUGGAGGAUCUGGUGGUGGAUCUUCAAAGAGCAUGAUGGGUGGUGGAGGUGGUGGGUGCUGUGGUGGAGGAUCUGGCGGUGGAUCUUCAAAGAGCAUGAUGGGCGGUGGAGGUGGUGGGUGCUGUGGUGGAGGAUCCGGUGGUGGCUCUUCUGGGAUGAAGGUCAUCAUGGGAGGUGGAGGUGGUGGAGGAUCCUCCGGAUGCUGCGGAGGAGGAUCUGGUGGCGGCUCCUCAAAGAGCAUGAUGGGUGGUGGAGGCGGUGGUGGAGGUGGUGGAUGCUGUGGUGGAGGAUCCAGCGGUGGAUGCUGUGGUGGAGGAUCCAGUGGUGGCUCUUCUGGGAUGAAGGUCAUCAUGGGAGGUGGAGGUGGUGGAGGCUCCUCUGGAUGCUGCGGUGGAGGAUCCGGUGGUGGUUCCUCAAAGAGCAUGAUGGGCGGUGGAGGCGGUGGUGGAGGUGGUGGAUGCUGUGGUGGAGGAUCCGGUGGUGGCAGUGGGGGAUCAGCCCAGAAGAUCAUCAUCAGCUCUGGCGGUGGUGGAGGAGGAGGAGGCUCCUCUGGAUGCUGCGGAGGGGGAUCUGGUGGUGGCUCUUCAGGAGGGAAGAUCAUCAUGGGAGGUGGAGGCGGUGGCGGAUCCUCUGGAUGCUGCGGUGGCGGAUCUGGCGGCGGCUCCUCAGGCCAGACCAUCAUCAUCAGCUCUGGAGGUGGUGGCGGAGGAUCCUCCCAGCAGAAAUGUCCCGUUGUCAUCCCCAGCGUGUCCCACCAGACCAAGCAGAGCUCCCACUGGCCCUGCCAGCAGAAGUAA